CGGAACUAAACUCACCGGUGAAUCAUGUCAAGCAACAGCUACAAACCUGUGAGCCAUGUCAUUUUUGACAUGGACGGAUUAUUAUUGGACACAGAGCGACUCUACACUGUGUCCUUCCAGGAAAUUUGCGACCGGUUUGGAAAACGGUACACGUGGGACGUUAAGGCAUCGGUGAUGGGUAAAAAAGCUCUGGAAGCUGCCCAAAUGAUUCGGGAUUCACUGGAGCUUCCCAUGACGGCCGAGGAACUGUUAGCCGAAAGCAGGCAGAUACAAGGAAGGAUCUUUCCCUCGGCCAAGCUCAUGCCAGGUGUGAAGAAACUCGUGCACCAUCUGCAGCAGCACAGCGUCCCCAUUGCAGUGGCAACCAGCUCCGCCGGCGUGACGUUCGAGCUGAAGACGAGCCAACACAAAGACUUGUUUGCUAUUUUUGACCACAUUGUUCUGGGCGACGAUCCCGAGGUGAGGAAUGCCAAACCUCAGCCUGACUCCUUCCUGGUGUGUGCCAGCAGAUUCAACCCCCCUGCUUCUCCAGAGAAGUGCUUGGUGUUUGAAGACGCUCCCAACGGUGUGAAAGCAGCACUGGCUGCAGGCAUGCAGGUGGUGAUGAUUCCUGACGACAACCUGGACCCCAGCCUUACCCAGGAGGCCACGCUGCGACUCAGGAGCAUGGAGGACUUUGAGCCGCAGCUCUUCGGCCUGCCGGCAUACGACUGAGCCUGAUAGGGAAGCUGAAACAGCACCAUGUAAUUCAGUCUUUGUUCUUCGAGGGAAACGGUUAUGAUGGAGAGAGAAAAUCCACUUUUGUUUUCCUGCUUGCGUCACCAUGUUGUGGGUGACUGCAGGUGUUUUUGUUGAGGCCAAUAAAUGUCAUUUAAGUGCCAUCUAUCAGAUGAGAAUUCAUGUUAUUUCAUGCAGCCUUUAAGCUGUUAGAUAACACCUGAUAAUUCAAUUUUUUUUUCUUUUAACGCUUUCUUGAUGUGUCACAUAUAUUUUGUCACUUGAUAUUAGGGGUGAGAAUUUCAUUUAUACUGCCCAAAACAUAAAACAUAUUUAGACCAAAAAUCUUUAAGCUUAGGGUUUGAAUUUAGCUUAUUAAGAUCAUGUAAAAUGCAACUUAAUCACACUGAUAUUAUAGCUCCAUUGUAGUUUGUCUGAUGUCAUUUUUGAUGCAAUGCAAAUGAAAUUCUGUUCACCUUUACUGCAAAAAGAUCCCAGAACCUGGGAAGACAAAACUGAACCUAUCUGCAUGGCUACAGCAUUAGGGUGGGUAAAUAUGUCCUUUUGUAAUUUAUGGGAACUGUUUGUUACUGGAUGCCCAUGCAUAAAAAAGCAUAAAAACUAUUGUUUUUAUACUUAUAUAUACUUAAAGCCUCCAGCUACAAAUGCCACUUUCAAUCACAAGUGUGCAUUUCCAAAUAAAUCAAUUUUACAGCUUGAAAA